GACGAAAGGAUUGCAAUGCAAUUGCUGCUGCCAGUGUUUGCGAUUCAUUGAAGAACAGUGCCGGUACAACAUACUUUCUCUCCAUCUACCUACGGUACCUCCAUUUGGUUGUUCCACCGUCGAGCUUUCCCUCUUUCGUCRCCGUUAGGAGCACCAUCGGCUUUGUUCCGGAUCACUCCCUUGUUUGAAGCACAUAAAACUCACACAAACUAUCGUUGCGUUGCGUUGCGUUCUAUUCCGCUGGACGAUCGACGCUUAACUCUCUGUCCCUGCUCUUUUGCGUUACCAUACAACAUAACAUAACCUAAGACGGUACUACUGUUGCAUUCGGCAGUUUUUUUCUUUUCUAGCCAACAACCCAACAACUACCAGCCACCAUGGAGGAUUUAUUGAUGGCCUCGGACUCGGACUCCGACAAYGAGGAAGCCGUGGUAGUCGCCCCACCGGCCGCCGCUCCGAGACCUGCACCAGUAGCCGCCCAGGCACCCGCUCAGGUUCAGGCUCGCAUCCCGGCCCCCGCCACCAAUGCGAACGUGCCCAUGAACCGGAGCCCGGGCAUGGCUGGGAAUCCCAGGCAGCAGGCGCCAACCCACAACGAGCGCCUCAAGAGCCUCUACUCCAAGAGCAAGUCGACGGCCCCUUCCAUGGUCCCCGGCGGCAGCGGUGGAGCUCCUUCCUCACAGGCCGGAAGAUCGGUAGGUAAUCCCAUGCAACAGGGCAUGGGCGUUCCACCCCCGAUGCAGCAAUCCCAGCUUCCACCGCAGCGCCAGCAGCAGCCGAGAGCGCAACCGAUGCAGCAGCAGCCGCAGAUCCGCCAGCAACCCUUGCAGCAACCACAGCAGCAGCAAUUGUCUCGAUCACAACCCCAGCAGAGACCAUCGCACCGGCAGCACGGUGGUCAGCAGCAACAACCGCCUCAAUACUCCCGUUCCCAGCAGGUUAGGCCGCAGUACUCUCAGCCGCAGCAGCAUCGCCAGUCGUCGCAGCAAGGAAGCCAUCGCCAGUCGUCGCAGCAAGGAAGCCAUCACCAGCAGCCACAGCCCAUUGGCCACCGCCCCCAACCAUCGCAACCUACGCAUCUCGGGAGACAGCAAAUCCGCACGCAGCCGCAGUCUCGUGGUGUUGCUAGCUCGCAACCCCAGCAGGCAGAUCCAUACGCUCCCACCCCACUCGACGACAUCAAGAAGGGGCAUUCGCAUUCCCAAAGCCGAAGGUCCUACCAACCACAGCUGCAGGUGCAACAGCCACGGCAGUCUUCCCAGCCCUCGUCGUCCGUCAGGGGACGUCAACCUGGUACCCUUCCUUCGCACCCGCGUGCAACUCCGAUGACCUCGCAAGAGAUCAAAAAGCAAAAAGAAAAAUUCCUCAUGUUCACUCGCGUCCUCAUAAAGUACCUGGAGCAAAAAGACAAGCAACUGCACCUCRAUGCAAAGAAAAYCAUCAAAAUGUGCGCCGAAAACAACAAAAAGCAAGUCCCCGGAUUCGAAAGUGUCACGGUAUCUAUGAGGAAGCAUCUAAGGGAUCUGGUGGGSGACUCCUACUGGAAAAAGGCGGAACAGUACCUGCAGCACUUUAUCAAAMMAAAACGAGCGAAUAUACAACAGCAGCAACAGCAGAGCCAGGCCCGGAGAGCCAUCGCUGCUUCGCAGAACAACCGACAGCAGGCGCCGACAAUCGUUGCACCGCAGCAAUCCUCACAGCCAAGGACCGCCGCCAGAGAAUCCCAAGCCAGGCCGCGAGCCGYACCUGCUGCUUCGACACGUGCCCCUACCGCCGUAGCGAUUCAGGACAAGCGGGAACCGCAGACCAGCCAACCAGCCCCGACGGYGACAGCGAAAGGAACGUCCAAGUCGAGAUCGAAAGCUUCGACGACUGCCAAGGGGGCGGCAUCGGGCGAAUCAAAAUCUACCACCAAAACGAAAACUACRAAGAAAACCGUCCGCCGGAAAUCGGCCGGCGAUUCCUCGGCAACUACCCGGAAGGCCUCGACCAAAACGGGGUCUGGUCAGACCGUAGUCACGACCAUUGUGAAGCGCACCAUCAUCGAAGAACCACCCAGAGAAUACAAGGAAUUAAUGGAAGAAAUCGAUCAUGCGGUGGAGUAUGACUGGCCCUCRAUAGGGCAACUAUUGGGCAGCAAAGCGGAUCUAAAACUUUCAGACGAGGAGCGCCAAUUGCUGUAUGGGGAUUCUCCUCCUGAUUCAUUGGUGUCGAACAAGAAGAAAGUAACCAAGACUCCCACAAAAACUGCCGCCGUCAUCCCGGCGACUCCCAGUYCCGCUGGCCAAGAACAGUCGUCGAAGGAAGAAGCUGCGGAAGACAAAUCGCCACAGCAAGGCGAUAAAGAAGCACCCUCGGGUCGGGUGCGGCCGGGCUGGGGAAAGUCGAACGUUCUGUCUGCCCGCGCGGCGUGGUCCAGGAUUCGGUUGGAUGAGCUUCGACAACGAAAACUCGAAGCGGAAAGUGCGGCCCCGGUCGUCGCGGGUGGCCUGUUGACGCUCCCCUCCCUAGCUCCGCCACAACAGCAGCCAGAGUCCAAACCUGCUACGAAUAAAGAUGCAGAAAAAACUUUGGAGGCAGGUGAAACCGAGGACGAAACCACUACUGCUAAUAAUUCUACUGCGGAAGCGGAUGUCACUGUUCCGGAUGCACCAAAACCUACCGAAAUAGAAGGAUCCUGGAUCGACGAUGAAUCAGCGGAGCAGGAUGAGGCUCUGGCUCUCUUGUCGGAAGGAUGUCAGAUUUAUCUCAAGCGUGUGCUAGAAAAGGCCGUCCAGUGCGCUCGUCAGCGACAAAAUCUCGAUGGAAUCCGCCUGUGGCAUAGUCAGUAUGCCCACGGCAAGGGCACUGCCGUGACUACUACUAGCGUCCUUUCGAAGGAAAACAAAAACAAAAACAGUGACAAAUCUAAAAAACCUCCUCUCUCUUUGCGACUAGGCUGUGACGUUUCACGCCAGGUCGCUCAGGCCCAAGGAAAUGCUGCCCUGACGGUAAAACGAAUGGAAGAAGCCCUUGUGCGUCAAACCGGCAUCCCAAUGCAAGCUCGAGAGCUACAGAUCGAUACUYUCUGUGAAGCAACAAGUAUGGGAGAUCUCUCGUGGAGACCUCUUCUCAAACAAGGAGCAGAYAAGGCAGACUUGCACGCCAAGCGUGCUUUUGAGAUUUACGGCGGCAAAGAGGCGAAAACCCCACCGYUUGGGCGGGUUCCCAAAAAGGCCAAACUCCUGGUCGAAGAUUUUGUGAUUGGAUCAGAACUUGUUUCUAAUGGACCGUACCAUAAAGCACACACGGCGUCUUCUUUCAUUGCUUUCUAAUCACAUUGGUUUAUAUCAGAGUGAAUAGAAGUCAUCGAUGGAUUUAGUCCAUSAAGUUUUUUAGUUGACAAUCUUGAGUUCUCAAAACAAAUCAAAAAUGAUACC